UAAUAUGUUCCGUCGGGCUCUGGAAUCGAGAGCCUCUCGCGGGCUUCGGCGACUAUAUUAUGAAGGGGCCGGAUCGUGAAGACCGUCGUGACGAUGGAUGGUCCUGUAGCGUCUCCGCUUAGCAGCCGUAAGAGUCAGCAAGUCUCGAGCCCCUUCGGCAUCCCAUACAGCCAACUUCUACUCCCCCAUCUUUGCCUACCAUGAUCUUCUCCGGAAAGAAAUCCCUUCAUCAUGCUGUGACCGAGACGACUCCCCCCCAUAGCAAGUUGUCUCUGCCAACCAGCGAGGCCACGCCAGAGCCAACCAGCGACGCCGAGGUCGACUACCCGGACGGCGGCGCUGUGGCCUGGCGUCAGGUCGUAGCGGGCCACCUGAUCAACGCCAUGGCCAGCGGCUACGGCGCUGCUUUCGGCAUAUACCAGCUAUACUAUACGGAAACGCUCCAGCUCCCUUCGGCACAGGUCUCGUGGAUAGGCUCCGUCCAGAUCUUCCUGAACAAUGUCACCUGCACGGUGGCCGGGCGUCUCGCCGAUGCCGGAUAUGUGCGGGAGACGGUGAUAGCCGGGUCUGUGAUCGCGCUCCUGGGCACCUUCAUGACCAGUCUCGCUACCGAGUAUUGGCAGAUCUUCCUCGCUCAAGGGAUCUGCACCGGUAUUGGUCUGGGCCUGAUGUAUAUGCCUGCCAUCACCAUCGUCUCGUCGUAUUUCCUGAAGCGGCGUGGGCUCGCUCUGACCAUAUCCACCGCCGGCACCGGCACGGGGAGUAUCAUCUUUCCGGCGACCGUGCAGUACCUCGUGCCCAAGAUCGGCUUCCCCUGGGCCGCCAGGUGCGCCGGUUUCGUCGCCAUGGUCAUCGUUGGCACCGCGAACCUACUCCUGAAGCCGCGCAGGCUUCCCCGGAAGCCCAGCCCGAUGGUCGAGUGGGCGGCCUUCAAAGAGCCCCCCUACGUAAUCUUCGUCGCGGGGUCCUUCAUGUUCUACUGGGCUUUGUAUUUCGGUUACUUCUACAUCAACAGCUACGCUAUUAAAUUCGCCUCCUUCACGGCGACGUCGGCCGUCUCGCUGCUACUCAUCACGAACGCGGUGGGCGUCCCGUCCCGUAUCCUCAUCGGCUACCUCUCGGACGCCUACCUGGGCCCGAUCAACGCGUUCAUCCUGUCGGCGCUGUGCGUGGCGGUUACCUUCUUCUCGUGGAUCGCGAUCAAGACGCACUCGACGAUGUACGCGUUCGCCGUCGUCUUCGGGGUGACGAACUCGUUCGCGCAGGGGGCGUUCGCGGGGGCGCUGGCGAGCCUGACGGCGGACCCGGCCAAGAUGGGUACGCGCUUCGGCAUGUGCUGCACCAUCCUCGGGUUCGCGACGGUCGCCGGUCCGCCGACCGCCGGCGCCAUCAUCGACUUCUGCGGCGGCAGCUACCUCUGGGCCCAAGUCUGGGCCGGCGGCGUCACCGUCAUCGGCGGCGCCACGCUCGGCGUCGCGCGGUAUUGGGUUUCGGGCGCGAAGCUCGCCGUCAAGGUAUAGAUAAAAGGGAACGGACCGGGAAGGGGAGAAUACAGGAACGAAACGGUGCAUAUGUGUACGGAUGCACACGGGUGGGUGUACGAGGGUAUCACGAAUUUACGAGACAGCGGGUUGUCGACGGGGAACACCAAAAAAAAAGGGAGGGAUUUGCGUGUGGGAUGUGUGACUUGAGGAUUACAUGCCUCG